AUGGAGAAUUUAAAGAUGUUACCUAGGUUAACUGAUAACCAUGUCAUACCUCAAAAGAUAUCAAAAAUGAAGGUGAAGUGUGUAGCCCAAGUUUUUAGCCAGCGAGUAUCUUCACUAAUGGCAUUCUUAGCUUCUCAAAAAAUAAUUGAUGUCGAUGCUCGAGGUACUGCAAAUCUUUGUUUAUUUUUUGACCAGUUGUUUGAUUCUGUAAAUGGUUCUUAUAACAAAAUAGUUGAUGGUAAAAAAUAUAGAACAGCAAUUACAAUGAAAUCUAAUCAUUUUGAUCUGUGGGAAAAAUCAUUACCAGUAUUACACUCUAUGGUAUUUAUUGAUUCAAAAUCUCAAAAACGUCAAAGACCUCCCACUGUGAAAAAUUGGGAAAAAACAAUUAGAGGUUUAAAAGCAAUAUUUAUAUUCCUAAAUAGUAAGGGCAUAAAGUCUGUUUUACCUCGGAAUCUAAAUCAAGAUUCACUUGAAAAUUUCUUUGGUUCUUCACGCAGUAUGGGAUGUAGAAACACCAACCCUUCGUGCACUUCAUUUUCUGCAUCGUAUAAGACAUUACUUCUAAACAAUUUAAUGUCAACACAUUCUCCCGGCAGUAAUUGCGAAGACGAUCUGGCAACAUCUUGCUUUAAUUCUUAUCAACAUUUAUUUGACAAUAUAACUUCAGAACGAGGAGAAGGUAAUGAUAGUACCUCUGAAGUUUCCGAUAGUGUUGUUAGUGCAGAGACCAUUACCGACAACUUGAUAAAACAACCAGAAGAUGUUCAAAAUUUAACUGUACAAACACAUUCUUACAUUUCAGGCUACAUCAUUAAAAAAUUAAAUAAAACUUUUUUCAAAAACUGCAAUUGCUUAACACAAUUAUGUACAACUCAAUUAACAAGUAAACAUGAUAUGAUUUCUAACCGUGAAUAUUCUAAUAACAUAUUGAUCUCUUUAAAAUAUCCAAAUGAAACCUUCUGUUCCCUUGUACAAAACAUAAUUCAAAUAAUAUCUAUACAAUUACCAAUCUUAUGUCACACUUCAAAUUUAAAAUCAAAUCUUUUUUCAAUAGUUAAUCAACAAUUAAAUUCAAAUAUACUAUCAUGUCCUGUCCAUGAAGAAUUAUUUAGUAAAACUUUUUUAAACUUUAUUAUUAAAUUUUUAAUACAUAACUGGUGUAACAAUAUCAAUAAAAUUCUCAAUGGUAAAAUAUCAAUUAAUGUCAAUGAAAAAGAUCCAAUUAAAAUCAAUGCUUAUAAUCGUUAUGUUAAAUUUUGUAAAUAUAAACAUUUAAAAAACAGAAAAUUUUAA